AUGGGCACUUCCCAAUUCAAUAUCUCAGAACCUACUCCGUUACGAGAAGGACCAUUUUCCAAUGGCUAUGCUUCCAGUGGGUCUGACCAAUUUUCGGGUAUGAAUUCCACCGAAAGCCUUUUGAUUUCAAACAUCCAGUCAAAUAGAGGACAAUUUAAAGGGGAAGUUCAAUGGUGCAGUAACCUGUCGCUGGACGACUGGAAGACACACUUCUUACAGAUUGAUGAGCGAGGCGCGCUUUGUCACGCUCUCAAUGAAGAAGGCAUAGCAGACCUGCGUGUUGUUACGGAAAAACCUGCGAGUUCCAACAAGCCGAUAUUAAAACAUUUGCAAUCAUGUAAAGUUCAAUUGUUGGACAGUUCAAUGGGUAACCUAUCUGUAAUCAAGGUCGAAACGUACUAUUCUACGAUUUACUUACGGGCCACGGAAAAGAAGACAUUUUUGAGCCUGUUUUCAGCUUUGAUCUUCUGGAAAAGUUUGAAGGAUCGCGGCAUAUUCAACAAAAUAUCAGUCAUUCAGCCUAUAUUUUCUCGACAGCAGAAACCCAUAGACUUACUGGUGUGCCAAUUCAAUAUAUAUGGGCCAAUUCCUAGAAACAAGAAUGUGCCGCUGAAAAGCGGCCUCGCAACUCCACCCCCAAUUGCAGGCGUGUCUGUCAUUGAUGAAAUGGGAUGGUACUCAGCUAUGGGUCGAUUGAGCUCGGACGGCAGACUCGAUUUGCUAUUGCAAAGUGACGGAUCUGUCCUAUGGUCCCUAGACAUUUCUAGCUUGCUGCGAUCAGAAAUUAGGAUUCUGGACCCUUCCCUGUUUCAAAACGAUAACUUCCUAUUCUUAGGAGUUGUUCGCCGCCUCCGAGAUCAGUUGAAAAUCUCUUCCAAUAUCCCGUUUUACUCGAGCACUACUAAAACGCAAGUUAACUCGCAAGCUAUUUAUCUUCAAUUUCCCUUAAGAAUAGACUUGGAGGACUGGUUUGUCGCACUAAACACGUUCGCACAAGUUGAAUCUGUCUCAUUGCUAGGCACAGAUAAGUCGAAUGAACUAAGAAUCUCAAACAGGUUCAAAGUGUCCAUUUUAGAGGCGGACUUCAGCGGAAUCAACUUGAUGAGCUACGAUCAUGAGCGCCAUCAAGAGAUUCUUCCUCGACUUUAUUCUGAUAUUUCCAUUUGGGAUCAUUGCUGGGCAAGAACAUCUAUAGUUACUGACGCCCAAACGCCAUUUUGGAGAGAAGAGUUUGACUUUAACUUUUCAGUAAAGACUUCUCCGGUCUGUGUUGCUGUCAAAAUUGCUCUAGGUGACGAUGGGGAAUACUCUUCUUCUGACAAGACGCUAGGCGUCAUUGAAAUAACCCAGGAAAUGAUCAAUGAUGGCAGCCUUAGCGCUGAAACCAGAAUUCCGCUAUUCGAUGCCGAGAAUAAGCAUUUUCAGUUGGGCACACUGUGCAUCAAAGUGGCAUCAAGCCUCAACGCUAUAUUACCUUCUGUUAACUUUACUAAGUUGGACUCAAUGCUCUCCCGUAUGAGUCUAACGAAAAUGACAGAGUACCUUAAUGAUAUCUCAAUUGCAGACUACUUAAAGCUUGAGGAUUUAUCUGUUGUUUUUUUGGACAUAUUCCAGGCCUUAAACAGGACAAACGAUUGGUUUCAGGCUUUAAUAGAAAAGGAGUUCUCGAAUAUUGAUAACUCCAUUUCAAAAAAUACUAACAAAAACCUGUCCUCAGCCAACAUAUACAGUUCGCUUUUUAGAGGAAACUCUAUACUCACCAAGUCUAUUGAGCGCUACUUCAAUCGCAUUGGCCAAGAAUAUCUUGACAAAGCCAUAGGUGGAACAAUACGGAAAGUGGUUUCGUCAGAUAUGUGCCUCGAAUUAGAUCCGUCUCGCAUCAGAGAGAUUGAUGCCCAGCGAAAGUCAGAAAUCCUCGAAGGCAAUUACUCUCGGCUUUUGAAGGUCGCUGAAGAAUUGUGGUCCCGUAUUUCUAGCACCAGCAACGACCUACCGAUAGGUAUUAAGGAGCAAUUGAAGGCUUUCCGGAAAAACUUGGAGAUUAUAUGCAAAAACGAUGAACUCAAGAGCACAUUAAACUGUAUCUCAGGGUUUCUCUUCCUUCGAUUCUUUUGUCCUGUGAUCUUAAAUCCCAAAUUAUUCCAUAUUGUUGAAAAUCAUCCAGAAGAGGGGCCUAAAAGAACACUCACCCUCCUAACAAAAAUCAUUUUGAAUCUUUCAACAUUGACACUAUUUGGCAAAAAAGAACCAUGGAUGACAAAAAUGAACGAAUUUAUUUUGAAACAUGAAGGCGAGCUGACAGAUUAUAUUGAUAAGGUUACUGAUAAGAAAUUAGACUUCUCGCCAAAAGCGCUCAAGCUCAGUAAUAGUGUUGCUCGACCAAGAGUGGCACUUAAUGAAAGCUGUUUGAAUGAUCUACCCACAAAUCCAUACCUUAUCGACAGAUACCUUCGGGAGACCGAACUAAUAAGUGUUUUAACUAUUUUCAGACGUGAUGAAGAGAAGUCAAUGACAGUCCCGAAAACGGUGAGUAUGAACAGGCUCUCGAAGGAGCCCUCUUCUUCAUUUCCCAGUCCCAUCAUUGAUCAAACAAAAGCCACCAUCGGCGAACUAGAGUUUGAAAAACUCACUGAAAAUAACGCAGAGGUUUUUGGCGAGGACCUAAUGAAGUACUUGAAUAUUGACAAAGCCAACGAUAAUGUUGGAUCAGAGAGCCCUACCGUCGCCGGUUUCACCAUCGAAGAGAAAGACCUAACCAAAACCUUAGAGCAGGAAUCUCUUUUGCUUUAUCACAGACUUGAGCAUCUUACCAAUGUAUUGUCCAACUAUGAAUAUCCUAAUGAAAUCAUCUUAGGGAAGACAGAGUUCGCACUCUUUUUAGUGGAUAAUUUGUACAUGGACAGAAACAACAUCGUUGAGCUUGAUUUGAGUGGCUCGUUUGCCAAGCAAAAUGGUUUAUCGAAACUGUGCUCCGAUUCUUCGCUGUUCAUGAAGGAUUCUGAUCGACAUCAAUCUCCCCCAAACAGUGGUCAGAUUUCGAGAGCCCGCACUGUUAGCCAACGACCCAAUUUAGGAUUCAGCAGCUCUAAAUCGAAUCCGCUUUCCAAGAAAAAGGGAAAGCAGUCUGAAAAUAAGAGCGAUAACAAGCAGGGCUUCAAACUCCUACGUUUUUUCAGAAAAUAA